AGAGAAAGAGAAAGAGAAAGAAAAAGAGAAAGAAAUGGACUUUGUUCAGUUUUUCUUCAUCCCUGAGGAAGAGCGAGAGAAAGGGAAAGAGAAAGAGAAAGAUAUGGACUUUGUUCAGGAUUUCUUCAUCCCUGAGAAUAGCACUGCAAUCCUGCACUUAGCGGUGGAGCAUGGAGUAUUUGAACUUGUAGAACAGUGUCUAAAAGUUUUUCCUGAUCUAAUUUGGUAUGCAGACAAACCCCGCAAAAGUGUGCCGUGGCGUCAUGCUCAUUAUACAAGCACAGUCAAAGGAAGUUUGGUGUGGAAUGAUGCCACUCAACAUGCAGACACAGCCACCGCAAGUUCGAAUCCGCCUGAAUAUACAGAGACAACCUCUGGACAUUGGAAGUGGCAUGAAGGUCAAUAUGCAGACACAGCCACCGGCACCGAACGUUUGUUGUUGCAUGUAGCUAUUGAGCAUCGCCGAGUGGAGAUAUUUAAUUACUUGAUUACUUACAUUGGAAAAAAUACUAAGGCGUAUGCCGAUUUAAAAAUUGAAGGGAAUAACAAUUCUCUUCAUUUGGCAGCAAAUUUGGCUCCUACACCUCAACUCCAAUCUGUCCCAGGUCCUGCAUUUCAGAUGCAGCGAGAAUUACAAUGGUUUAAGGCUGUGGAAGAAUUAGUUUAUGAUGAGUUAAAGACGGAAAAGAACUUAGCCGACGAAACACCUCGAGAAUUAUUCUUCAAUGAGCACAAAGAUUUGCUAAAGGAUGCAAAGGAAUGGAUGAAGGAUACAUCAAACUCGUGCAUGGUCGUAGCUACUCUGGUCGCAACAGUUGCAUUUGCUGCUAUGAUCACCGUACCGGGUGGCAACAAUGGCAACACGGGCCUCCCUAUUCUGGCCAGGCAAAAACUUUUCCUGGCAUUUUCCAUAUCAAACGCGUUUUCCAUGAUAUUCUCCGCCAUUUCUCUGCUCAUGUUCCUCUCGAUGCAAACAUCGAGAUAUACAGAAGACGAUUUUCUGGACUUACUUCCCAAGGUUUUGCUGAGAGGUCUAAUUUCCUUGGGUGUCGCUGUAGCCACAAUGAUGAUAUCUUUUGGUACAGCAAUAGGAUUGUCACUUCAGACAAGGCUUAACUGGGCUUACAUUCCCAUCACUGUCGUUGCUUGUUUCCCUGUUAUCAUUUUCACCUGGUUGCAGCUUCCUUUGCUUUUGCAAGCGCUCCUAUUCAAAUCUGGACCUGGCAUUUUUCAGGGACAAUGGGAUCGCAAGUCUUUGCGUCUCAGGAAAAUUGGCUACCGUCUAUUAUUGGCAAAUGACAGGGUUUGACCUCAUUCCACAAUUUGCUGCUAAUUUGUUUACCAUUAUAUAGAUGGCUUUCUCAAGAGUUGUCUGCAUGAGUAUAUUGAAUUUCUUUUACUCUCAAAACUUUAAUUUCACCUUGCGAGUUUCUUGUUUAAGUGUUCAUGUCUUGUAAUAAAAUACCUAUGGUUGGUAUUAAUUAGCUGCACAUAUAAUAAGGAAUAAAGUGUGCUCCAUAUAUUUCUUUUUAA